UAACAGAUCCAGCUCAUAGAAACCCUCUCCGUUCAAAACCAUCGUCGGGCGUUCCGUUCUUUGCCAUCGUUUCACACGAAUUUCUCCCCUCGACUCUUCGAGCUGUCCCUUGUUCCACGACCACGGAAAGAGAGGGAGAGAUAGAGCGCCCAUCCGAAGCCCCUCUUCUCUCUCCUUUCUUCUCCCUUGAGCCUUCCUCCUCCUCGAUCACGACUUCCGUCAACCCUAGUUUCCAUCCGUCGGGCCGGCGAUCUCGGCGAGAAUUCUCGGGAGGAAAUACUAGAUCUUUGGGGCGGAGAAUCCCGCUCCAUGCCGGGGGGGAUCGAGUUUUAGGGUUUGACAGGAAUCACGCCUGGAAGCCACGCCAAAGAUUUCGAAUUGUAACGCUCUGUUUUGGUUGGGUUGAAACUGAGGCGGGAAGCUGGAGGGUUUGGUUUUUUCCAAGAUCAUCGUUUUGGAACCCUAGAGUUGGGUUUUGGGUGCUUGGCUUUCGGAGAAUUAGGUGAAAUAGGUUGAGAUUUUUUUUGUUGAAACGGGGAAUUUCUAUUUUAUUGGAAUUAUUAUUUUUGUUGUUGGUGGUGGAAAAAUGAGUAAUAGAAGAGAGGAAGAGAGGAAUGAGAAGAUCAUUAGAGGUCUCAUGAAGCUUCCGCCAAACAGGAAGUGCAUCAACUGCAACAGCUUGGGUCCGCAGUAUGUCUGCACGAAUUUCUGGACCUUCGUCUGUACAACAUGCAGCGGCAUACAGUGAGUAUUUGCCGUGAAUUUACUCAUCGGGUGAAGUCAGUAUCAAUGGCUAAGUUUACCAAAGAAGAAGUUGAUGCUCUUCAAAAAGGUGGCAAUCAGUUAUUGUAGCGUGCGAGAGAAAUGUUUUUGAAGGACUGGGACAUGCAGCAGAUGAGAUUGCCUGUUAGCAGUAAUGCUGAUAGAAUUAGGGAAUUCAUAAGAAAUGUUUAUGUUUACAAGAAAUAUGCGGGGGGGCAAACCUCUGACAAGCUAUCUAGUAAUACAGAGAGCCUCAAGAAUCAUGAAGAAAAUCAGAGGAGAGCUAGUUCUUAUCAUUCUUAUUCUCAGAGCCCACCUUAUGAUUAUCAGUAUGAGGAUAGGCGUUAUGGAAAACAAUUUGGCAUGCUUUCUAGAAGGCCAGGUUCAGAUCGAGGGCGUUAUGAAGGGAAAAUUAAUAGCUUUGUUUAUAGUCCAAGUCGCUUACGUGAACAGAUGCAUGAAGACAGAUUUGCUAAUGAAAGUUCUGGUUCAAGAUCAUCGGACUUCUCCAUAUCUAGCACAGGUGACCCAUUCAGAUAUGAUGGCCAGUCACCAAAUUCUCAGGACACUGAGUAUUGCAGCCCUCCUUUACACCAAGCAAGGGAAAUCUUAGUUGAAGACACACGGCCCCAGAUGUCAAAUAGGCAAUCAAAGGCAAAUGCUCGGAUGAACUUAGAUGGGAUUGCGCGCCCACAGAGAACUGCAUCUACAGGCAGCGUUGGAUACUUUGAGGGCCACUCCCUGUCUCAUAGAUCAGUUGAUUCUGGUGGUUUAUGUGUUGUUGAGCCUGUCCAUUCUACUGGAACUCAUCAGGCAGUGCAAUCUGCAUUCACUUCCUCCACACAAAUGCCUACUUCUGUGCAUGCUACAAAGCAGGAUCCUCUCAACUUAUCAUUUGCUGGAUCACCAAUGACUUCUUCAACUCCAUCUAUAGAUUUGUUUGCUGAUUGCGGUAAUCAACCUUCAUCUGUAACCCCUCUGGAGCAUAAACCAUCUCUGUUUCCCUUGUCAGAAAAUGAAGGAUGGGCUACAUUUGACCUACCUCACCAUGCUGGAUUUGCUUCUGAAACAUAUGUGAGGGUCCCUGCUUUGGCUUUUCCUGGUGACGGAGCAUCCAAGGGGACUGAAAAUGCAUCGUCAUCUAUGCAAAAUAUUUCACAAUGCUUUGCAGUUCAGAGUUCUGUAGCUCCUGCACCAUUUACACUGACACAUGGUCAGUGGCAUGCAGGUAUACAUGAAGACACGAGCUCUGCUGAUCAGAAAAGCUCCCAGUUGUGGAAUGCUUUUGAUGAUUCUACUGGGAACAUGUCUUGUACUUUGUUUGGGAGUCUACCACAGAAUAAUCAUUCACAAGUUAUAAUGUCCACAUCUAAAUCUGGUGAUCCACAUAUUGGAUUGAAACUCCCGGAGAACACUAUUAAGGAUGGGCUUCAAAAGCCAGCUCUGGAUGAUAGAGCCACCCAUUUUAAUCUGCCACCUGGUGAUGUCAAUGGAUCAUCAUUUCCUCCAUCAGUUUGGCCAUUGAUGGGAGGGGCUACUCAGGCAAAAAAAUCAAAUCCUUUUGAUCUACCAUAUGACCCAACAUCGGAAGGCAGCAGUUCGUAUUUGGACAUGAGCUCUUUAGAAGCAGCAUUACCAAAUCCGCAGCUGCCAACUGAUUACAUUGGUGGCUUAGCGCAACCAUGGUUUCCUCAAAAUUCUGCUACAGCAUAUAGUCCUUCCUUGCCUGAAGGAGGGCUGGCAUACAUGGCAGCGCAGGCACCAAGUUCUCAGUUGCCGAAUUUACCUUCCCAAGACCCGGCUGCAUCUCUCAGCGGUAAUCCAUUUGCAUGAGAAAGUGCUGGGAAAAACAUUCUCCAAGUGGACCUGUGACGUGGCAAAUGACUUUGUCUCACUGCCAUUAUCCUUGCAUUGAAAUAAGGCCAGUGGUUCUAGUUGCAUUCACCAUCCAUUGUGCAACAAAACCAAUUAUAUGCGAUUGUUGCAAAAAAAAAAAAAGGUGCAAGCAAUUGUUAGAACUGGUCCAGCAGCUCCUACUUUUUGAUGGGUUCUGGCUCGUUCCUGAUUCUGCUGGAGGACAUGUAUGGAACCGCCUAGAUGACGCCAUGAUUCCCUUUUUUUUUUUUUUAGGGUGUGUGUGUGGGCGGGUUCUUUUAUUUUGGUUCGUUUCUAUAUUCUUGUAGUUACGAUCAAGUGUUUUAUCAGGAGAACAAUUCCUCGUGCAGUUGCAUCACGAGAUUAUUCUA